GUUUCUCUAUCGUAUUACACUACUUCCGUGAUCUUUCAGUUUACAUGUUUCGAAAUGAUUAGGGAGACAGUUUUGACGUAAUUUAUCCCGGGUUGGCAUAGGUCGAGGAAUGAAAUUCAACGUUAUAGCAUUGAAAAUGCCAGGAAGAAAAUUUAAACUCGGAGUUAUACUCGUUAUAGCAGCAACUAUUAUGAUAGUGUGUUGCUGGGGAGCAGGAGAAGAUAAAGAAGAAGAAAGACUUAAAAAAGAGGACGUUAUUUUUGAUAUAAGGAAUGAAUUAGAUGAGGCUGUAAUACCAAUUGAACAAAGAUUACUGCAGUUAGAAAAAAGUGCUUAUUUCAGUACCCGGAAAAUAUACCCAGAUGUGCCGUUUUUGAUGGAAAAAGAUCGAAAGCGUAUAUUGAUUACUGGUGGAGCUGGUUUUGUUGGUUCUCAUCUCGUAGAUCGCUUGAUGAAAGAAGGCCAUGAAGUCACUGUUGUGGACAACUUCUUCACAGGAAGAAAGAGAAAUGUGGAACACUGGGUUGGGCAUGAAAACUUUGAGCUCAUCAACCAUGAUGUGGUAGAGCCUUUACUAAUUGAAGUGGAUCAAAUCUACCACCUUGCCUCUCCAGCUUCCCCACCACACUAUAUGUAUAACCCAAUAAAAACAAUCAAAACUAAUUCCAUUGGAACAUUAAAUAUGCUAGGAUUAGCCAAAAGAGUUCGAGCCAGAUUGCUUUUAGCAUCCACAUCGGAAGUAUACGGAGAUCCUGAGGUACAUCCGCAGAAUGAGGAUUAUUGGGGCCAUGUUAAUCCCAUUGGUCCUAGGGCAUGUUACGAUGAGGGCAAGAGAAUUGCUGAGGCUAUGUGUUAUGCAUAUCAUAAACAGGAAAAUGUCGAAGUGAGAGUUGCCAGGAUCUUCAACACGUUUGGUCCCCGAAUGCACAUGAAUGAUGGCCGCGUUGUUAGUAAUUUCAUACUCCAAGCUUUACAGAAUGAACCAAUCACUAUAUUUGGAACAGGUACACAGACACGCUCAUUUCAAUAUGUCAGUGAUUUGGUAGAUGGUUUGAUUUCCUUGAUGAAUAGUAAUGUCUCGUCGCCAGUAAAUUUGGGGAAUCCAGAAGAACAUACCAUUCAGGAAUUUGCAGAGAUCAUAAAAGCUACAGUUUCUAACACAAAAAGUCCAAUAACUCAUGUAGCAGCGACUGAAGAUGACCCACAGAGAAGAAAGCCUGAUAUACGUAAAGCUAAAAAACUUCUUAAUUGGGAGCCACAGGUCCCAUUGUCAGUUGGCAUCAAUCAAACUAUUGCAUAUUUUAGUGAAGAAUUAGCAAACAGUCAUCGCCGGAAACCAAAGCCGGUGCCUGUGUCAUAGAAAUUUGACUGAAGAAUUUUUUUUUUAUAAAAAAACAGAUAAAGAUAAAAAAAUACUUUGCGUAAGUUUUAAUUGAGUCUUCAAAUAUUUUCAACUUGUUAUGUUAUUUUACAAGCCGUUAUUUUUAUAUGGUAAUUAUGUAUGAGUCAUUUUACCUUAUAUGGUUGGGUCAUUUUCAUUCAUCACAGAAUGUAAUGAGUCUUUGGCAAUUCAUGUGGUCAAGGCAAUACCAACACUGGAUGACAUAGACACUGGGUGUUGAAGUCAUAGAAAUUCUUCAAAUUAUUUUAGAUUAGUGAAAACAGUGGCACCUGAGAGUGAGAGUAUGCUAAAUACACUGGUUGGCACCGGAUGCAGUUUAGUGAGAGUAGGCUGGAUAACACCUUUUGCAGUUUAGUGUGAAUAGGCUGGAGACAAUGGAUCGCACCGGAUGCAGUUUAGUGAGAGUAAGCUGGAUACACUGGAUCGCACCGGAUGCAGU